AUGACCACGGAAAAAGGAUAUCUUGGAGUCACACCGCCAAUCUCGACCGCGAAAUCGAGCGAGAGGGAAAAGGAGGUCACAACGACCUUGAUGGAGGAGCUGAGAAGACAGAAUGUUUUCGAGAGUGUGGACGAGUCCCGGCUCAGGGAAACGGUGCUCGGACGUGCAGCUGCCGUCGUCAGACAAUUUGUGAAUCAAGUGUCACUGUGUCGCGGACUUUCGGAAGCAGCAGCCAACGCCGCUGGGGGAAAAAUAUUUACCUUCGGUUCAUAUCGUCUUGGCGUUCAUGGACCUGGGUCCGACAUCGAUAUACUUUACGUUGUUCCUAAACACGUGUCCCGCAAAGACUUUUUUGAAGUCUUCGAGCCGAUGCUUAGAAAUGUAGAGGAUGUUACGGAGGUAUCGGGUGUUCCGGAGGCAUACGUUCCUAUCAUCAAGACCAAAAUGUCAGAAAUACCAUUAUGUUUUCGGAUGGCUCGUCUGGCACUGCCAUCCAUACCAGAUAAUUUAUCUCUGAAGGAUGAUAAUCUCUUGCAAAAUCUAGACGUUCAAUGUUUGCGAAGUCUUAGAGAAUCACGGGUGACUGAUGAAAUUCUGCGUCUGGUGCCCCAUAUUGAGGUCUAUCGAGAUUCUCUUCGAUGCAUCCAGCUCUGGGCUCAACAUGAAGCCAUCUACUCGAAUAUGAACGGGUUCUUGGACGGUGUCGCGUGGGCAAUCCUCGUUGCUCGAAUAUGUCAACUGUAUCCCAACGCUCCCGCGGGAGCGAUCGUGAGACGAUUUUUUACCAUCAUGUACCAAUGGGCGUGGCCGUUACCGGUGCUCCUGAAAGAAAUAGAGGAAGGACCAUUACAAGCUUGCGUGUGGAAUCCAAAACUUUAUCCUGCAGAUCGAUCCCAUAGGAUGCCCAUCAUCACACCCGCGUAUCCUGCAACGUGCUCAACUCAUGGUGUAACAGCAUCAACACAGACGAUCGUCACUGAAGAGUUCAAGAAAGGAACAAACAUUCUGGAGAAGGUUAUCGUCGGCACAGCAAGUUGGUCAGAACUUUUCCAAAAACACGACUUCUUCCGCAAGUAUCGAUAUUACCUUCAAGUUGUUGCAUCAACUGGCGCUGUGGAUUUGCAGACAAAAUGGGCAGGAACCGUCGAGUCUCAGAUACAGCAACUGGUCAUGAAGCUUGAAAACGUUGAUUCGUUGAUUCUCGCGCAUCCAUUUGUCAAAGGCUUUGUUCAAAUCUCACAUUGUAUUACGGAAGAGGAGGUCAGACAAGUUGCACGGGGACAAAUCUCCAAAAUUGUUUCCAAGCGAACGAAAGCUGACGUUGAAGGUGUCGAUGGUGCGAGCACAGUGUACUGGACGACCUUCUACAUUGGUAUUCUGAUUGAACCCAAGCCUCUUGGGGCUGUGGGCCCGCGGAAGUUUGAUAUACCAUAUCCAUCCACCGAGUUUACAAAACUCGUCAAGAUGUGGGAGAAGUACGACGAGGACUCGAUGGCAAUAGAGGCGCGGAUCAUCAAAAGUUCUGCUCUUCCCGACUAUGUGUUUGAUGAAGGAGAGCGGCAACCAAAGGAGGUGUCUAAACGCGCGAAAACAGGCAAAGUGGGUGGUUUGGGUAUUUUGCUUGAGCAUGAUUGA